CGGGCAGCUCUCGGCGGCGGCGGCGGGAGCGGAGCGGGGCGGCCGCCCGGCAGCUUGAGGCACACUCCUCAAUAAGAGAAAUGAAGGUGUCUCAACGUUCCCAAGAGUCCAGAUGGUAAGCAAAAUGUGCCAGGAGUCAGCCCUGGGAUGCCCAUGGACAGCUGCAGCCCGCUGGGCUCCUCCGUGUUCCUGAUCAUCUCCGUGUGUGUGGCCACUGUCAUGCUGGGCAGCCUCUGGAUGCUGCUGCGUGACGAACCCACCUGACCAACUGUACCACCUGUGAUUAGUUGGACGAGUUCUCCAGGCACGUGGUCUACUGGAAAGAAGUGUUUACCAUGCCUCUGGGAACGUUCCUCCUUCCUGUUCUCUGUUUCUUGGGAGCAUCAAUUCCACGGGGACUGCAGUAUGUCACAUUCUCACACAAUGCUACAAAAUUCCUCCACCUGUCCAUGGACUUGGAAUCUGGGACCGUUUACUUGGGGGCCACCAACUUUCUCUUUCAGCUGACAUCUGACCUGCUGUUGGAGAACAUGGUUCAGACUGGGCCAGUUCUGGACAGUAAGGAUUGCCUCCCACCGGUCUCAAAGCUGGAGUGCCCUCAGGCACACCACACUGACAAUCACAACAAGCUGCUGCUGGUGAACACUGUGCAGAAGGAGCUCAUUGUGUGUGGCAGCGUCCACCAGGGGAUCUGUGAGAAGAGGAGCCUGGAGUCCAUCGACCACGUCCUCUUCCGUCCGGAGAGCCCUGGUGACACUCAGUACGUGGCUGCCAAUGAUCCCAACAUCACCACUGUGGGACUCAUCGCCUACUCAAAGGAUGAGGUGCCCUUGCUGUUUGUGGGACGAGGGUACACCAGCCGAGGAGUGGGAGGAGGAAUUCCUCCCAUCACAACCCGGAAUCUCAGGGCCCAUGGAGGGGAUGUUCAAGCUACAGAUUCUCACUCCAUUUUCUCCUAUGAAGAAACAGCAAAACUGGCUGUGGGCCGGCUCUCAGAGUACAACCACCAUUUCAUUAAAUCCUUCACUUACCACUCCAGUGUCUAUUUCCUCUUCUACCGGCGGGACCUCAAAUCGCAGUCACGUGAGUACAAGACCUACAUCUCACGCAUCUGCCUGGAUGACUCCCACUAUUACUCAUACGUGGAGUUACCUCUGCUGUGCCAGAGCAAAGCCAAUACAUACAGCCUGCUGCAGGCAGCCUAUGUCACCCGGCCGGGAAAGGAGCUGGCCCAGGGACAGCUGGACACCGAGGGCGAGGUGCUGUUUGCAGCUUUCUCUGCCUGGCAGGCUUCCUCUGGGAAACUGAGCGAGGAAUCUGCGCUCUGUGUCUACACAAUGGAGGAGGUGGAUCGCCUGACCAACUGGACUAGGGAUGUUUGCUACAUGAGAGAUGGGAAGUCAGAAGAAGGGACAGAAGUGGCAUAUAUUGAGUAUGAUGUCAGUUCCAACUGUGUCCAGCUGCCAGCGGACACCCUGUAUGCCUACCCCUGUGGCUCUGACCACACUCCCAGCCCUAUGGCCAGCCGGGUGCCCUUGGAAGCUGCCCCUCUCCUGGAGAAAACUGAGGCCCGUCUGACAGCUGUGGCAGUGAAUGUGGAAGAUGGCCACACCAUUGCUUUUCUUGGAGACAGCAGAGGAAGGCUGCACAAGGUGUACUUGGGAGCCCAGGGAGAGGCACACACCUAUGCUUCAGUAUCUAUCCAGGUGAACAGCAUGGUGAGUGGAGACCUGCUGUUCGACCAGUUGCAGGAGCACCUCUUUGUCAUGACCCAGUCAAUGGUGGUAAAGGUUCCCAUAAUGGAAUGUUCCCUGUACUUGGACUGUGAAUCCUGUCUGGCACUGAAAGAUCCCUACUGUGGCUGGUGUGUCCUUCAGGGAAGGUGCAGCCGUCGCUCCGAGUGCUUGCGGUCCAGGCUGAGUGAGCAGUGGCUCUGGAGCUUUAACUCUACACAGCAGUGUCUGUCUGUCCAGUCACUAACUCCAGCCAAUAUCAGCAGAGAGGAAAAGAGAAAUAUAUUCUUGGCCAUCUCGGACUUACCUUCUCUGCGUGAGGAAGAAUUUUACUCGUGUUAUUUCGAAGAUUACGAAAGCCCAGCAGUUCUGACAGAGUCAGGAAUCAUGUGCCCUUCUCCAGAUCCCAGCCAAGCACCAGCUUUGCCAACAGGAACAGAUCAUGUCACCAUAAAGCUUGUAGUGCGUUUCCAUGACAUCUUCAUUGCUUCUGUGGACUUCUCUUUCUAUGACUGUGCUGCAGUGGCCCUGCUGUGGAAAUCGGCACCGUGCCAGAAAUGUGUGAGCAGUCUCUGGGGAUGUAACUGGUGCAUCCAGCAGCACCUCUGCACCCACAAAGCAACCUGUGAGGAGGGAACCAUUAUCUACAAUGAAAGGGCUCAAAUCCCAAUCUCGAUUGUGCAUCCCUCUUCAGCUGCUCCCCUCACCAAAUCCUCCACUGCAGCCCCCACCAUGGCCACAAAACCUGUCACCACCCCUGUGCACGUGGGCCCGAGCACUGUGCCCCACACGGAGGCCAUCCACGUCACGCCCUCCGCAGCCUGGGAGGCGACGACGGAGCUGGCGCAGAGCCCCAGCUACACCCGCCUGAGCCUGCCCACCGAGGGCGCCUCUCUGCAGGCUGCCACAGAGGCCCCGCUGCCACCGCCGGCAGACAACCCUGUCACUGUGCCAGAGACAACUUCUCCUGCUGCACCUGUCUUCUCCAGCCCGUCUAAGAACAUGGAUCACAUAGCCUUGCCCACUGAAGGGCCAGCCACGGCCCAGGAGGCCCGGCACACAGACCCACCCACCACCCUCGGGGGUAGCCCUCUGCACACCUCUCCAGUGGCAGCUGUAACACUUUCCCCUCAUGUCACAAGUUUCAAGUGGCCUCCAAGUCCUUUUCCUACCACAGAGGCACUGACAUCUGCCAUCUCAUCUCCCCAGACCCCCAGCCAGGUGCCAGGGAGCCCUGUUGUCUCUGAUGAUGAUACUCCUGGAUCGCCAGGAACUGAGCUCCCUGUUUCAGGGCUCCCAACGUCAGCUCCCCCACAGUGGCUGACAGAGCUCCAGGACACAGAGGACUGGAUGGAUUUACUGCAGGCUGAGAAUGACACAUCUCUUUUCUCUGCUUCUACUCUUCUGUCGGGUGAUGGUGAUUCUUCAGAAAGGGAUGUCCCUGACUUUCCCAGGAUCCUUCACCCUGACCUUGAUUAUCAGUAUGAUGCCCCUGAGUUUUGGGAGGAGAGUGAAGAACCUAGCUGGGGUCCAAAUGCAUGUCCCUGUGUGCAGGGAAUCCAGGGAUCUUCACUGUUUCCAGUCAAUGUGGCGAGGAAGAUAACCCUGCUGGGAAAGAACUUCCACCUCUAUCAGGACCAGCAGUGGGACUAUGAGUGUGUCUUGAAUUUGGAGGGGAGGACAGUGGUGAUGGAAGCUUAUGUGGAAGGAGAAGAAACAAACAAGUCCCUCUGUUAUAUCACCUGCCAGAUGAACCAGUACAGUUAUACAGCACCUCAACUUGAAUUCAAUGCUGUGGUGUUUGUGCAGAGGCGACGGCACCUUCGAGUGGACAGUGCUGCAGAUCUUCAUGUGACUUUUUACAACUGCUCUGUGGGACACACUGAUUGUAGCCGCUGCCAAACAGCUGACUCAAAGUACAACUGUGUGUGGUGUGGAGGUGACAACCCCAGCUGUAUCUUCAGGGGCUCUUGCAAGGAAGAAAUCGAAGACCUGUGUCCAGCACCUCUCAUUCACUCUGUGUACCCCCUGUCUGGACCAGUGGAAGGUGGCACUAGAAUCACCAUCACUGGCUCAAACCUCGGGCAGAAACAUCAAGACAUUGCAGAAACUGUCACUGUUGCAGGAAUUCCCUGUGCCGUAGAUGCUCAAGAGUAUGAGAUCUCUAGCAGCAUUGUGUGUGUCACUGGCGGGAGCUGGACAGAGAGGUUUGGGCAUAUCGUGGUGGAGGUGCCUGGAGGAGGUCGUGGGGUUUCUGGUCAUGUUUUCACCUAUCAGAAUCCAGAGCUGAAAUCCAUUGUUCCAACCCAGGGUCCCAAAGCAGGAGGAACCUGCCUUACCCUUCUAGGCUCAAAGCUGCUGACUGGGCAUCCUAAUGAGAUCAGUGUGCUGCUUGGAGACCUCCCUUGUCAAAUCCUCUCUGAGAUGACAGAGGAUCAGCUGGCAUGCCAGACAAGUCCCAGCAAUGUGUCCACAGAACUCCCAGUCACCAUCAAAUACGGGGAGCAAGAGCGGAGAUUGGAAGGAUCCCUCUUUAGAUAUACUCUGGAUCCCAACAUCACUUUUGCAGAGCCACCUAAAAGCUUCCUCAGUGGAGGGAGAGUGCUCAGAGUUCAUGGAUACAACUUGGAUGUUGUACAGAAACCAAAGAUCCGAGUUACAGUUUCUCCAUCUGAACGCCGGCGCCGAGGAGUGGGGCGAUGGCGAAGGAUCGUCCCAGACUCUGAGUGUCCUGAGGGCUCUCUGUGCAGCAUCCAGCAGUUUGAAGAACCAUGUCUCGUUAACUCUUCCUACCUGAUCCUGUGCAAAACUCCAGCCAUUAACCUGCUGUUGAGGAGUGUCCGAAUCAAACUGGAAUUUAUUCUGGAUAAUCUGAGCUUUGAUUUCAACUCACUGCAUCCCAUGCCUUUCUCUUAUGAAGUCAACCCCAUCCUAAAACCAUUGAAUGCUGAGGACCCUGCCAAACCAUAUCGUCACAAGCCAGGAAGUGUCAUCUCUGUGGAGGGGGAAAAUCUAGAUCUGGCUAUUUCCAAGGAUGAAGUUAUGGCUAUGAUUGGGGAAGGCAUCUGUGUGGUGAAGACGCUGACAAGGAAUCACCUGUACUGCGAGCCCCCCUCGGAGCAGCCGGCUCCGCGGCACCGCACCAAGCGCGAGGGCACGGACCUGCUCCCAGAGUUCACGGUUCAGAUGGGAAACCUGAACUUCCUCCUGGGCCGAGUGCAGUAUGACACAGAGAGCCAGCUCACCUUCCCGCUGGAGGCACAGAUCGGUUUGGGUGUCGGUGCAUCCUUUGUGGCACUGAUUGUUCUGGUCAUUGUCUUCAUAUACAGGAGGAAGAGCAAACAGGCUCUGAGAGAUUACAAGAAAGUUCAAAUCCAACUGGAAAAUCUGGAAACGAGUGUUCGGGACAGAUGCAAAAAGGAAUUCACAGACCUGAUGACUGAGAUGAUGGACCUCACAAGUGACCUUGUGGGCACAGGGAUCCCCUUCCUGGACUACAAGUCCUACGCAGAACGCAUUUUCUUUCCGGGCCACCGUGAGUCUCCACUGCAGAGGGACCUUGACAUUCCUGAGUGCCGACGGCAAACAGUGGAGCAGGGCUUGGUCCAGCUCUCCAACCUCCUCAACAGCAAACUCUUCCUCACGAAGUUCAUCCACACUCUGGAGAUCCAGCGCACUUUCUCUCCCAGAGACCGGGCCUAUGUGGCAUCGCUGCUCACGGUGUCGCUGCAUGGGAAGCUGGAGUACUUCACUGACAUCCUCAAAACACUCCUGAAUGACCUCGUGGAGCAGUAUGUGGCCAAGAACCCCAAGCUGAUGCUGCGGAGGACAGAAACAGUGGUAGAGAAGCUGUUGACCAACUGGAUGUCCAUCUGCCUGUAUGCCUUUGUGAGGGAUUCUGUUGGGGAGCCCCUUUACAUGCUGUUUCGAGGAAUCAAACACCAGGUGGACAAAGGGCCAGUUGACUGGGUGACAGGGAAAGCCAAAUAUACCCUGAAUGAUAACCGCCUUCUGAGAGAGGACCUGGAGUACCGCACUCUGACCUUAAAUGCUUUGACACAAGCAGGAGUUGGUGCAGGAGGGGCAGAAGACUCUCAAGGGAUUUCUGCGAAAGUGCUGGACUGUGACACCAUAACCCAGGUGAAGGAGAAAAUCCUAGAUCAGAUCUAUAAAGGGACGCCAUACUGUCACCGGCCAGACCCAGACACCCUGGACCUCGAGUGGAGAUCGGGGCUGGCAGGUCAUCUGAUACUGUCCGAUGAGGAUGUGACAUCUGUUGUGCAAGGAACUUGGAAACGUCUGAACACUCUUCAGCAUUACAAGGUGCCUGAUGGAGCAACAGUAGCACUCGUCCCACGCCUGACCAAGCAUAUCCACAGGGAAAAUCAGGAUUACAUCCCAGGAGAAAAAACACCAAUGCUGGAAGAUGCAGAUGAAGGUGGGAUCAAACUUUGGCACCUGGUAAAACCAACAGAAGAGCCAGAGCUUCCCAAGCAUCGGCGUGGGAGCUUAAGAGAUCGGGAGCGGGCCAAGGCAAUCCCAGAGAUCUAUCUGACACGUCUGCUCUCAAUGAAGGGCACUCUGCAGAAGUUUGUGGAUGACUUGUUCCAGGUGAUCCUCAGUACCAACCGCCCUGUUCCUCUGGCAGUCAAGUACUUCUUUGACCUGUUAGAUGAGCAGGCCAUGCACUAUGGCAUUGCAGACCCUGAGACCAUCCAUAUCUGGAAGACAAACAGCCUCCCCCUGCGGUUCUGGAUCAACAUCAUCAAGAACCCCCAGUUUGUUUUUGAUGUUCAGACGUCUGAUAACGUGGACGCUGUGCUGCUGGUCAUUGCACAGACCUUCAUGGACUCCUGUACAAUAGCUGACCAUAAGUUAGGGCGGGACUCUCCAAUCAAUAAGCUGCUUUAUGCCCGGGACAUUCCUCGCUACAAGCAGAUGGUGGAAAGGUACUACGCAGACAUUCGUCAGACCAUCUCUGCCAGUGACCAGGAGAUGAACUCUGCCCUGGCUGAGCUGUCACGGAAUUACUCAGGUGACCUCAAUUCCCUGGUGGCUCUCCAUGAAUUGUACAAAUACAUCAAUAAAUACUAUGACCAGAUCAUUACUGCCUUGGAAGAAGACCCAACGGCACAGAAGAUGCAGCUUGGAUAUAGACUGCAACAGAUUGCAGCAGCUGUGGAGAAUAAAGUCACAGAUUUGUGACAGGCACAGACAGACUGCUCUCCCCUGGCUGAAUGGGGACAGUGCUCAUCCCAGUUGAUAAACAGGGUGUCCUGCUGCCAUUGGAACCAGACUCUCCGAGGAACCUGCGGGUGACGUGAGCAAGGGGAUGGCCAAGGCAAUACAAAGUACAAGCGUCCUUGCAUCUCAGAGAAUAUUUUUUUACAGGUUUUUUUUUUUUUAAAGCAAAAUGAAACA